UGCCGCCAAUGAGCAGUGGAACAAUGUGUUGAGUUGAUCAGCUCAUAAAAUGAUAAAGUUGAAGUAAGAGUUUGCUACAAAAUUUCAAUUUUUGAAGUUUUACUUUGUUGGACAUGUCUUUGUCAGUGAUUCAGCAAUUGCGGUUGGAGAGCAACCUCGGCUCAUCUGCGAGAAUUGGCUGGGAGCGACUUUCUAUCGGCUUUGACAAGGAGCAGGCUUAUUUGGAACUCAUGUUGAGAAACACUGUGGUCGGAGAUGCAGAAACUGGCAAGAAGCGAUCAACUUCCGUCAUUGUGUAUGGCAUUCCAGGCUCAGGAAAAACGACGUUGGUGGAAAGCGCCCUCAAGAAAUUGGAAAGCAAUCACGAAUCAUUUUGGGAAUCUAGACAAGUCGUACGACUGAAUGGUCUGCUAUGUGGGGAUUUCAGAAGCGCAGUUGAAGAAAUAUGUUGGCAAUUGAGUUUAAAGGGUCCAUUUCAAGAAGAAACUGAGAACGGAGGGGCCGAGAAUGAUUUCUCUUGUUUGGAAGAUUUUAACACUGCAACUAGUUUUGAAGAUCGAUUGGAACAGGUUAUGCAGUUUUUGAAGACAAAUAUGGAGAGCUUGAAUAAGUCUAUCAUCUUUAUUUUAGACAAAUUAGACUUAUUUGCAGAACAUCCAAAUCAGCAUCUGCUGUACAAUUUGUAUGAUUUAGCUGCCAACUCAAAGUCCACAAUUCCAAUAUGCAUUAUCGGAAUUACGGACAGGGUGGACGUCCUGGAGAUGUUUGAGAAGAGAGUGAAAUCCAGAUUCUCCCACAGGAAUAUUAACGUUUGCCCAACUUAUGACUUUGACAAAUACAAGGAAAUCGCUCAAAGGUUGAUCAGUUUUAAAGAAAUGCCAACAUCCACCAACGACACUUCUACAAAGAAGAAGAAACGACAUGCUCUUUCUCCUGAGAAAUUGGAUUGGAACAAGGACGUGGAAACUUUAUUUACAAAUAUUGAAGUACAAAGAACGCUUAGAGCGGUGUUCGAUAUGGAUCCUACCAUUCUCAAGUUGUCGUCGUUUUUGUUUACAGUUUUAAUAAGUGCUGAGGAAAGCUUAACUGUCAGGAAGUUUCAGGAAGCGUACGAAGACAACGUCUGCCAAAAUGAUCCUGUGAAAGUGGUAUUGGAUCUCCCAAUAACGGAAUUAGUAGUUCUUUUAUCAGUAUACAAACAAAUUCAAGGCCAAAUGCUUAAGGCCUGGCAACCUUCAAGUUUGUAUAAAAUCGUAGCGAAAAUCAUGUCAUCCUUCGGUCUUGGGAAAGAGGACUACUUAAAAGCAAUAACGAAACUUGAGAUGCUUCAAUUGAUCGUACCUGUGAGCAAUACUCAGCGAAAUAUUGGAGGCGUUAAUAACGUUGGAGAAAUUUUCUACAAAUGUGAACUGACUUUUUCUGAAUUCAAAGACGUAUGGAAAAAGUACCCGAACCUUCCGAGUAGCUUUAAAGAGUUAUUGUAACGAACUUAUAUAUUAUAAUAUAUCAACAUAUGAUAUAAUAUAAUGCAUUUUGAUACAUAUAUAUAUACGUGAUAUUUUCAUAUUUUAUAUUCGUCUCAAGUUGUCUAUUAUUGUUCCUUGUACACGUGGUUUUAAUUUUCGUACUGUUUUAAACUGUGAAAGAGUAAAAAGGUUGUGCUAGUA